GGUUUCUCCUGUGCACUGCUUCUAGGGUUGAGAGCAGAGCGACGGCUUUUCCUCCCUAUGGUUUCUCUUUGGCAUAGGAGUUCUUUCAUCCCUUCUUUCUUCUUCCCCUCCCUUCCUCCUCUUGAUCUCCUCCUUUCUCUUGUCGUUGUCUUGCUUUGGAAACUCCAACCCAAGGGACCACAAGGAAACGGCUUUUUGGGUUUUCUAGAGUUUACAUCUGUUGAUUUUCGAAGGCUACGAUUAGAAUUGAUCUUGUCGGGGUCGAAUUUAGUGAAUCUGAUUCAGACCAAUUCUCGAUCAACUAGUCAAUCGUCGAAGGAAAGGGAUGCUAUUAGUAAGGCCAGCUAUGGUCUGUGUGGGAAGCUUGAUUUUCAAGUCGGCAAAGGGACUCUAGUUUCCUUAAUGAGUUUCGACAGCAUGGGUUUAAAGAGGAUCGACAAAGAUGGGAACAUGAUUGAGAGUAUAUGGAGGCUCGGGGUUCCUUGGAACUCGACGCCUGGGUUUGAUCGAACCCAGGCUUUGGGUUCCUUGGAACCUGAUGAACCUAGCGCCGAGUUUAUCGAACCCAAGCGUUGGGUUCUUGGGCAAAAAUAAAAAGAAAAUUUUUAUGUUUUUGUGGGUGUUGUUUGAUGAUGAUGAUAAAUUGAUUAAUGAAGAAGAAUUUGAACU